GGAAGGAGGAGGCAGCCAGAGUGGCCUCCACUGUUCUCUGCAGCAGAAGACUCCCUGCUGCCAGGUAGAGUGUGAACUCCUUUUUGUGGUUACCUUCCCCCGCCCCGGAUAUAUAGGCAUCUGCUUGCCAUAGGGCUUUGAUAUCGGGGGGGAGGGACUGAGAAGUCUCUGAAUAUUUAUUUUUAAACAGCUUGGAAAAUUUGCUGGCUUAAAAAAAACUAUCUAAAAAGUCCUAUAAGUGGCUUGUUGCAUGGCAGAAAAUUACAAAAACUUCUAGAAGAAACAGUAUUAUAUUUAUUUUAUUCGUUCAUUUAUAAAUGCACUUAUGUUCAAGUUGUUUUGCAACCCAGAAGGUCUGAGUGAGAACUGUGAAGCAUGUCUUCUGCUUUUAUUUUAUUUUAUUUUUCUUGUGUGUGAACUGCUCCCCAAUAACUGGCAGGGACUUCAGGGUCAAUCUGGCCAACAUGUGAAUGCAGCACCUCCAUUCCAGAGGAGAUGUGUGUUAAAGGGCUUUAAAAGCCUCCUGUGAAAAACCUCCUGGAAUCAAACUUGACUGAAUUUGUUCAGAAUUCUGAGAAAAGAAACAUAGGCUCACCCUGCAUGGUUGAAAGUCUCCUUGGCUAAUCUGCAGCGAGGGGCCCAUUUUAAUCAUUCAUCUUUCUAGUGUGUUCUAGGCAUUAAAAGUAAAACAAAUGUAUAGUACUCAAUGUAUAUCACUAUAUAUUGUGACGUGUGCGUGUGUGUAUUCAGUGAAAUAUAUUUCCAGGCAGCAUACUUAUUUUGGAAUAUCAGACUUAAAUCCUUGGGGGCCUGGGGUGUGCGGAGGCCCUGGACUUUGAGUGGGGGGGCCCCAUUUUAAAAUCUUGUCUCUGGGCCCACUCCAACCUUGCUACGCCCCUGACUGAAGUCUUAUGCUAAAUUUCAGUCCCUGUGACAUUCUCCCUUCUCACAUUACUUCCAAAUCAGAGCCUUCAUUUUAAUUUGCUUUUUUUGACUUUUUUCAUGUGCCAAAUACGUCAUUGCUGUGAUCAGAAACUUCCAUUAUUUGUUCUCCAACUACAGAAGAGCAAUACAAAAGCCUCCGACUCUAGCCAAACAUCUGCUCACAGGUUCUGAAUCUCUGCUACAGACAGAGGCAGGAAAGCAAAGAUUUUAAAGUGUAGACAGGACCUGCAUGUUUAAGUCCUCAGCAGGUUUAUCUUUUUGAUAUCUGGGUCAGGAUACAAAGCCCUGUGGGACUCCAGUGAGCACACAGAGCUCUAUGUGAAGAGGGACUUGCCCUUUCUCUCCAGUUUUGGAAACUGCAUUGUGCCCCGACCUCCACUGAGCAAGCAGAUUAUUUCCUGACACUGCAGAGAACAGGGCAGCCUCUCUUUGCACAGAGCUUCGUGUGUGCCUGUAUGCGUAGCAGAGCCCUCCCGCCAGCGAGAGUUCAGGCAGCUAUUCAGGAGACAACUUUUCCAGAAUGCUCUUUUGUCAUCUUCAGUUUUCUAUCGCUCUUCCAUACUCCCCUGGAGGGAGUUAUUUAUAGUUGUUGAUGCGUACCACCCCUAAUAGUGUUUAUUGUUUUCACCUCUGCCCCCAUGAUUUAUCAGGCAGAAAAGCCUAGGAAGAGGUUUCAAACUUUGUGAAAAAUGUUUCCAAGUUGUAUAGCUCCCAAUUUAUUUCUAUGUGCUGCUUACAAAAUUAUUUCUUGUACCUGAACAAUUCUUUAACUCACCUCACACUCUGAUUUAUGGAUAUGAUUGGAGAUGCUUUUUUUAUCACAGCAACUGAAUUAGAAUUAACAGGAGCCUCUUGACCUGUUUCAAUUUCAUCUCAGGAUAAAUGGCUGUGUAAACCAUAGUGUGGUCAUUAUCUUAGGUUAAAAUAAAUCCCUAAGAGUAUAUUUUAAUAUUUCUUUUCCUUUCUGUGUAAAGGGGGGGGGGAGAUGGCUGACAUACUGUGUGUGUAAGGGGAUGUGGGUGGCUUAAAUACCACCCACACUCCUGUGUAUGUGUAAAUAGCUGCAGUGGUCGGGGGUGGGCCACAGGGCAGCAGCGCACAGUGGUAAGGGCUCCAUGCAUGAAGUUUCAUAACAUGACACCUAUUCCUUCCAAUGGGUGGUGCAUCAUGCAACUCCAUGAAUGGAAGCCUGACUACCAAGCACUGCUAACCUGCAGUCCACACCCAUCGCAGUUGUUUAUACACAGAUAGGGGUGUGGGUGGGGCUCAAGCCACCUGCAUCCCCUUGCACAGUGUGUGAGCCAAUAUUCCCAACUAUGUAUAUGGCUAUUAGGUCCUGAAUAUGAAGCAAAACUUGGGAUGGGAUUUUCCCCCACUGUUGCUUUCUUUCUCCCCGGACUUCCUCUGCCCUGCAUUCCAGUGGUCAUGAAUUCUGGUUUAACGAGAAGAAAUUGUAAAAUAAAUUUGCUACAGCUUCCCUUCAGUCUAUUUGCAUCUUCCCCCCUCUCUGUUCACAUGUAACAUGCAUGGAUAAAGCAUUGCACAAAGGCAGCAUGGAGCAAGCCUGGUGUAGUGUUUAGAGUGCUGGACUAGGACCGGGGACACCAAGUUCAAAUCCCCAUUCAGCCAUGAGACUUGCUGGGUGACUCUGGGCCAGUCACUUCUCUCUCAGCCUAACCUACUUCACUGGGUAGUUAUGAGGAGAAACUUAAGUAUGUAGUACACUGCUCUGGGCUCCUUGGAAGAGCGGGAAAUAAAAUGUAAAAAAAAUUAAAAUUCCUCUAUUUUUACACAAAGAUUUUAUUGUAUUGCGUCUGCAAGUUCACGUCCAGAGGAGUUGUUCAGGGUUGUGAGGGGGCUAGUAUGUGCCCCCCGUCCAUGAAUCAGAAUUUGGAGCCAUUUGUUACCCGCUGUGAUGUGUUUAAAGAGUUUUUCGCAGAUAAAAUCUCUCGGAUUCGGACCGACUUAGAUGGAGACUCCACAAUUAAUUCGAUGUCUGAACUGGAGGUGUCCGGCAACUCCUCUUAUAUGUGGUUCGACUGGAUCGGUUUCAGUUUGUGACUCCUGAGGAUGUGGACAAGCUGCUCGGAAUGAUAGGAAAUUUGCUGGAAGAAAGUCUGACUUUGUGGCAGAGUGCUGGACAGUGGGAUAUGGGGCAACUGAAAUAAGCUGAGAAGGCAGAGAUGUGGCUACAUUUCAUGGAUGGGAACUGUGGCAUUCAGAAGGAAAUCUUGUCCAUGACAACUGCUAGGCUAAACAUCUUCGCUUGGACACCUUUUUGAAACACACAAGAAAGACCUACUUCUUUGAACUGGCCUGUGGGAGCGAGUUUGAAACUGGAAAAGAAAUAUAGAAGAUGUAUGAGGAGUUCCAAUAUGAGCAAAAAUAUCAAUCUGAGCUUCACAUCUUUCUUGGCAUCUGAACUGGAAGUACACAAUGUUAAUGGAAGUGAGUUCACACUGAAGUACCAAGUUGCAUUCAGUGGCUGACACCCAGACUAGCAUGGCACUAGUGCAACAGGGGAAUUACUGUGGUCCAAACUUGGGAAAUCCUCGAUGGACAAAAGAUUGUUGUUCCUGAUUAUGCAGCUCCAUGUCAAUUCUUCCAUCCAAGUCAGAUAUGCUCCUAAUGAGGCAUUAACUGAUUUAAUUCCUGUCACUCAUAGGGUCAGGCAGGGUUGUGUUCUGGCCCCUUCUUUGUUCAAUCUCUUUAUUAAUGAUUUAGUGCAGUGUUUGGGAUCGGUGGAUUCACAUGCUCCAAAACUGGCCGAUAUUCGUGUGCCAGUGUUGCUAUAUGCGGAUUACGUGGUGAUUCUGUCCCAGACCCGUCUUGGUCUCCUUAGAUUGCUGGGAGCUUUUGCCCACUAUUGUAAUGAUAAUAACUUAUCUAUUAAUUAUGAGAAAUCUAAGGUCUUGGUUUUUACUAAAGCUAGGAAACUUUACAAGUGGAUAGUAAACAAGGAAAAUAUCGAGCAGGUUUAUAAAUUUAAAUAUCUUGGUAUACAUUUUCAAUAUAAUCUGAACUGGAAAUCGCAAAGAUUGUAUUCUAUCUCCAUUGCACAUAAAACCCUCAAUGCUCUCUUGCGGUUUUACUAUUCCAAAGGUGGCCAGUAUAUACCUAUGGCUCUCCAGGUUUUUCAAGCAAAGAUUGUAGCUCAAUUAUUUUAUGGGGUUCUACUCUGGAUUCAGGAAGUAACAUCUGAGAUGGAAAGGGUUCAAUCAAUUUUCCUUAGGGCUAUUUUUGGGGUACCCAGAUGUGUACCUUAUUCAGUGCUAUGUUUAGAGUCCAGAUCCCUUACUAUUUCCUCUAAAGCCUGGGAGCUUACCUUAAUUAAAUGGAUCAAACUUUGCUUGGAAUAUCUGGAGCCCUCCUACUUUUGGUUCUUAUGGAGGAACUCUUUCCCUAGCCCUUGGCUGUCAUAUGUCAACAAUAAAAUACUGCAAAUGGGUCUAUUUCCUUCUGAAAUUCUACUUAUGGGAAUUGAGAAGGCAAAGGAUAGAUAUACUCUUACAACGUCUGCAUGACAUUGAGCACCAGAAUCUUGAUUCUUGGGGAAAUAGGACCUGUUCUCCUUUGGGGGGGGAAUCAUGCCCCCUUUAGGGAAUAGAGGUGCCAGUUAUCUAGCUUCCCUACACUUUUUAAAGUUUAGGAUAGCAUUUACUAGGGCCCGUAUGAAUGUGCUACCCUCAGCCCUUUUGGAAAAAAGAUUUGAUAAGGGAUUGCCAGACUCUGGCUUAUGCCCUUGUGGUGCAGGCCUCCCUGAAACUGUUUCACAUAUGUUGUUAUAUUGCUCUCUUUACUGUGAUACCAGGAAAGAACUUAUAUCCCCUUUGCUAAAGCAAUUUCCAGGAAGAGCUGACCCCUUUUACUUGAACUUCUGCCUUGAGGACCAAAAUAAUGAGGUCAUUAAAGUGGUGGUGAAAUUAUUCUAUGUUGCUAUUAGAUUAAGAUCUUGUUUAAGGUCAAAUUGAUAGAAGCCUACUGUUUUAUUCUCUUUUAUUCUGUUUACUAUGUAUAAAGUUUUGUUUUAAUGCUU